UGUAUGAUUUAAGCAGCAGGAGGAAGCGACAAGAAGAAGACAAGCGAGGGAGCAGCACGGCUCUUAACUUACAUUCCGCGCCCACCUACCUUUUAAACUAGACUUUUAGCACACUUUCCUGGUUGUUGUUUUUUUCGCGCCAAAACCGAGUGGAGACGAAGCAGAGAGAAAGGGUAAAGACAUGAAAGUGUUGAUAGAUAUGUGCUGCUGCCUUCUGCUGCUGCUGCUGAACUCUGCUGCCGUCCUGUCCUCGUCCACGCAGGUGGCCCUCAUCUACCCCCAGGACCCCGUCCUCCGUAUGGGCUCCAACCUGACGGCCAGCUGCUGGGUGCACCCCGACCUCGGCGUCCACGCCAGCUCGCUGUACUGGACGCUGAACGGCCAGCCGCUGCCCGUCUCCACCUACCAAGUGCUGAGCUCCACCAACCUGAGCGUGACGCUGAGCGGCCUCAACGCCUCCAGGCAGCGCUCCGGCGACAACCUGGUGUGCCACGACCACAAGGGCAACAUCCUGGCCGGCUCCUGCAUCUACGUCGGAAUGCCGCCGGAGAGGCCGGUCAAUUUGACCUGCUGGUCUCGGAACACUAAAGACCUGACGUGCAGCUGGGCUCCUGGAGGAAAGGGAGAAACCAGCAUCAGGACACAGUACUUGCUCAAGUACAAACUCAGGUGGUACGGCAAGGAAAAAGAGUGUGAAGAUUACACCCACGCCCAGCCGUACUCGUGCAGCAUCACGCGAGACCUGCACCUCUUCACCCCCUACGAGAUCUGGGUGGAGGCCACCAAUCAGCUGGGCCAGGCCGCCUCCGAGGUCAUCACGCUGGACAUUCUAGACGUGGUGACCACGGACCCUCCGUCGGGUGUGACUGUGAGUCGCGUUGGGCAGUUGGAGGACCAGCUGAGCGUCCGCUGGGAGGCCCCGCCGGCCCUCAAAGACUUCCUGUUUCAGGCCAAGUACCAGAUCCGCUACAGACUGGAGGACAGCCAAAACUGGAAGGUGAUGGAUGACGUCGGCAAUCAGACAUCUUGCAGACUGGCGGGACUCAGACCUGGAACUGUGUACUUUGUGCAGGUGCGGUAACCGGUGGGGAUCUACGGGUCUCGCAAGGCUGGAAUCUGGAGCGUGAGUCAUCCCACUGCUGCAUCCACGCCUCACAGUGAGCGCUUCGUGUCGGGCUCCUGCGACUCCAAGUCGAGUGGCGACUCCAACUCCACGCUGCGGCGGGAGCUGAAGCAGUUCUUCGGCUGGGUGCGCAAACACGCUUACGGCUGCAGCAGCAUGUCCAUGAAGCUGUACGACCAGUGGAGGGUGCUCAUGCAGAAGUCGCACAAAGCACGCAACCAGGUUCUCCAAGGGGAUAAAUCGUAGCACAUGCUGCCGCUGCCUUUUUUCAUCUGCUUUUUUCACUUUUUUUUUUUUUUUUUAAAUCCAACAGCAGAAAUCCCAGAAAAGAGGAACAGAGUGUGAUUUGGGGUGAAAUGACCAAAAAUACAUUUGUAUUCCUGCAGAGGACAUCCAGAGUUAAUCCUAAUUUCCCCUCAAGACGAGCACUGACUUGCACGAAAAGCUUGCAAGAUGACUGACAAGGCAAAGAGGACACAUAAUCAAAGGAAUUUGGUGGAAUUUUGGACACUGACUGAACCCAAGAAGGCAGGAAAACACUUUUUUUUUGUUUAAACCCCGCAGCUCCGAUGCGCCACCCGGUGGCCGCUCAGUGUCGAUGCCAACGCGUUGAAAUGAUCAUGCUGUAUUUUUUUUUUUUUUUGCCAUGAACUUUUUGCCUGCCUUUUGUUUUUCUACCAAAUCCUACCGCUAUAUUUAAAAUAUGUAAAAAGUUUUAUUUCUUAAGUUAUGUUUAGCUCCCUGAAUAAAUAUUAAUGACUGAACGUUG